AUGUCGGCCGGGGGCGAGCAUCUCAAAGAUGAGGGCACCAAGCGACAAGUGGUACUGGCUGGCGGGACCGCCGGGCUGAUCUCGCGCUUCUGCAUUGCGCCGCUGGAUGUCGUCAAGAUCCGCCUGCAGCUGCAGAUCCAUUCGCUAUCAGACCCGGCAUCGCAUCGCACGGUUGUCGGGCCUGUUUACAAAGGCACAUUGUCGACAAUGGGAAAUAUCGUCCGGCAGGAAGGCAUCGCGGGACUAUGGAAGGGCAACAUCCCUGCCGAGAUGAUGUAUGUCUGCUACGGGGCCCUUCAGUUCACUGUCUACCGAGCAACCACCCAAGCCCUGGCUGAAUUGGGCCCCUACCGCCUCCCGCCGUCCGCCGAAUCCUUCGCCGCUGGUGCCGUCGCUGGUGGAAUUGCUACGGCUACCACAUACCCUCUCGAUCUCCUACGUACACGUUUCGCAGCUCAAGGGACGGACCGAAUCUAUGGAUCUUUACGGGCCUCAGUAGUUGAGAUCGCACGGCAGGAGGGCCCCGCGGGUUUCUUUCGAGGCUGUUCAGCGGCCGUGGCACAGAUUGUACCAUACAUGGGGUUGUUCUUCACGGCAUAUGAAGGGUUCAGGCCGACAAUGAGCAAGUGGGAGUCCUUACCAUUUGGCACUGGUGACGCUGCAGCUGGUGUAUUGGCCAGUGUGAUUGCGAAAACGGGCGUUUUUCCGCUGGACCUCGUCCGCAAACGCCUACAAGUACAAGGUCCAACACGGACACGAUAUGUCCAUCGAAACAUUCCGGAAUAUAACGGGGUGGUGCGAUCAAUAUCUCUCAUCUUGAAAACGCAGGGCGUGCGAGGACUGUACCGAGGACUGACAGUCAGCUUGCUAAAGGCAGCGCCCGCGAGCGCGGUGACCAUGUGGACCUACGAGCGGGUAUUGAGAUUGCUCCAGGAAAUGGAUCUAGCAGCAUUGAGUUGA